AUGGUUGGUUUAGCUCCCAAGGCCAAGGUACUAAGAUAUGGUAAAUGGGGUGAGCAAGAUGCUGCAAUUCUAGUACCAGGGGACAUAAUCAGCAUCAAGUUAGGAGACAUCCUUCUGACCGAUGCACGUCUUCUCGAGGGAGAUCCUUUAAGUGUUGAUCAAUCUACUUUAACAGGAGAAUCUCUUCCUAUCACAAAGGGUGCAACUCAAGAAGUGUUUUCAGGAUCGACCGUUAAGAAGGGUGAGAUCAAAGUCACUGUGUAUGCAACUGGUGUACACAUGUUUUUCGGUAAAGUGACUCAUUUGGUUGAUAGUACUAAUCAGGUUGGGCCUCUUCAGAAAGUGCUUACCGCUAUUGGAAACUUUUGUAUUUGUUCGAUUGCGGUUGGAAUAGUCAUUGAACUAAUUGUGAUGUAUCUGGCAACAUCGCAAGUAUAG